AUGACCAGCACUAUAAAACUUGUGUCAAUGGAUGGUGACGCUUUUGAAGUAGAGACCAAGGCUGCAAUUCUAAGUCAAUUGGUGCAAUCAUUAGUUGAAAACGAGCAGGAAAACGAUGGGAUUCAGGUGAUCCCAUUGCCAAAUGUUACAACGCCUGUAUUGGCAAAAGUGAUGGAAUUUUGUCGGCAUUAUGAGGACUCGCCAAUGACUGAAAUUCAAAAGCCACUUAAGAGCAACAACAUACGUGAUCUAGUUGAUGGAUGGUAUGACAAGUUUAUCCAUGUGAGCGAUCCGAAGUUAUUGUUUGAUCUUAUUCUGGCUGCGAACUAUAUGGAUAUAAAAGCCUUGUUGGACCUAUCGUGUGCCAAAGUGGUUUGUAUUCUUAAGACCAAGUCACCCGAGGAAGUUCGUGCUACUUUUAGGAUUACAGAAGAGUUUACGGAGGAAGAAAAACAACAGAUUGCGGAAGAAUACAAGUGGUAUGAGGAUAUUUAA